GGCCGAUCAUCCGCCACGUAUCCUAUCUUCGCCCUCUUCCUCCUUCCCCAUCUUCGCACUCAUCCGAUUCCUCCUCCCCUGUGGAGGAAAGUGACGACUACCUCUCUCCUAUCUCUCUGUCUCCUUCCUGUGCUCUCUCUAUUACCCCGUCACCAUCGCCAUGAGCUUUGUAACGGAGCAAGUGAUCGGCGCGCGGCUUCUUACUCUGCAAGGCCGAAUCAGCGUCAUACGGCAGGUGCAGCGGCCACAUCUCUGCUCUGAUUUCCUCUGGUUUGCAGCGUUCUUCAGUACGUCGGCGAUCUACGCGGCGGCAAAAUUCCGAUUCACGGAAGAGGCAACUACGAGCGUUCUGGCUGAGAUCUCGGCCUUUCGACGGCUAUCCCCUCCCGGGAUUAGCCAUAUCUCCGUCAUCAUCGUCUUUACAGGAGACAUCACAGCGAUUCUACCGGAGAUUCACUCCGACAUCUAUCGGACGUUGCACACCUGGGCUGGAGAAAGAACGGCGGAGCAGGGCGACCUGCUGGGAAUCGUAUUCGGGAAGGUGGAGGAGGGUAAUCUCACCUUGAUCACGGACGAGUUGCUGGUGUUUCUGACUCAGUUGGUGGACGAUCUGCCCCUGGAUAUCUUGUCGCGCAGUGACAAGCAGCUUGGCACCCACGUGUUGUCUCGAGCGCUCGAGCCGCACCUUGUGUGGUCCACGUGUACGAAGAUUGACGAGGACAAUUGUCUCUAUCCCUCCCAAGCACUCUACUUGGAGAUCGACGUUACCGAUCUCACAUUUUGGGACCUGAUUGCGAGGCAAAACACGGCGCAGGACGAGGAGAUAGGGGGAGCAGACGAAGAGGGGGAAGAAGAAGAGCCAUCGAGCGAAGAACGAGACGAUCCAGAUUACGUACCGGAAAGCGAAGCGGGGAUAGCCGACGAAUCGAGCCAACUGCGGCAAGAAAACGAAGAGGACGAAGAGGAGGAACUAUUGGAAUACAUCAGAAGAAAUUGUGGGCGGAUCCCGCCAGCAUUGAUUGCCCUGGAACCAGGGGAUUGACUGAGCAGGGGGGGAACCUGGCUCCAGAUUUCUACUGCUACCAUCUAUUUGCAACAGGUCCAGCGACCCAUACAUAAAAGCGGCCAUCACCCUUUCCAUCCUUGAGCCUGGUCAGGGAACCGGGAGGAGCCACUGGGGGGCACCAGUGGUUAUCCUGCCAUUCCCUGCCUUUCCUUUUAAACGCCAGCCUUGCACCUCUGUCUUCGACCGCCGCGUAUCCAUAUUGAUAGCAAAGGGAAGGUUGGUGACAAAAGAAAACAAUGGAGCACAAAAAAAGGGGGGGGUGGGGAACAGAACACAAACGGUAGCAGGCUAAUUCAAGAAAAAAAAACUAUAAUCAAGAACUGACCAAAGA